CUCUCGUGUACCGCCAUUAUUGAUUCAGCCGAUCAUUUUUUGCAUAUGUUAAGCCUUUGGUCACCUCCCCUCUCUGCAUAUUUUCUCUUCUCUCUUUUUUCUUCUUGCUUCUCCUUCUCAAGUGCAGAAACCAAGAUGUCGUCUUCAACCCCGCCGCCCCCGAAAUCUAGUGCUAAAUCACCGACAUUUACUCCCAGCACUCUCACAGACGCAUAUAAAACAGGUUACACAGCAGCGUCCGCCAUUUCAUCUUCGACAUCUCAAGCCCCAACAAUGACACUCCCAAAAUCGCUAAAUGACACCAUCUCCAGCACAUCAGGUUACUUCUCCGAAAAGCAUCCUGAAGAGCACACAGCCGAAAUCUACGACUCACCUCCCGAAGGCAUGUCCCACGACCCCGUCGUCCUUUUCCACACAGCCCUCGGUAUUCCUCCCCCGAAACCCGCAAAGCCAGUCAAAGCCACGAAAAAGAAUCCACAUCCUCCAGCGCCGCCCCCGAAACCAAAACUCACGCCAGCAAAUAAGGGCGUCUAUCACCAAGUCCUGCAGAUGGAGCGUGUGUCACGCUGGAAAUACCGCUCCUGCGACGCCAUUGUCACUAUCGCCAUGUUCCUCCAAAUCAUCGUCGGUGCCUCCGUCACUGCCUUCGGUGCUGGAUCCGCGAGCCAUAUCUUGAUUACAGCGUUCGGGGCGGCGAAUACGGCGUUGGCUUCGUUGUUAGCAGUGUUGAAGAGCCAGGGACUGCCGAAUCGGAUUAGGCAGGAUUGGAAUUGUUGGCGAGAGCUGAGAGAAUAUAUUGAGGAGAAGGAGAGAGAGAUUGAGAUGGUUUAUGCGGGAAGGAUUGGAGAUGGGAGUCAGGUGGAGUUGAAGGAUGUUUGGGACAUUGUGAAGGGGAUUGAGAGGAGGUAUAAUACGGUUAGGCUGACGUGUGAGGCGAAUCGGCCGGAUACUUAUAUCAAGGUCCCGCCGGCAACGGAACUGCCUAAGUAGAAGGUGGGGAGGGAGAAGACAGGAGUCUAUGCCCAGUGGUUUGUUGAAUUGCGUUCGAGCGUUCGGUGAAUGCAUGGUGUUUGGGGAAAUAAUUUGCAUCUAUUCAAGCCUCUUCGGGCUUACAUGGUUGGACUAUCUCAGUUAUGCAGCAUUUUUGAUCUGACAGACUGCGAAGUCAUCUUAUAUAAUCUGUUCAUAGUAUGUAUCUUCCUGCUUAAUCAUUUUAAUCCUAUAUUUUUGAUUUUUCUGCUUGUUUGCCAAUACUUAUCCUUGCUCUGAUCU